UUCAGUUUUUAUCGACGUGUAGCAUACAGCCCCGCAAGUUGUGAAACAACGUGUAAAUAAUUCGUAGUUACUGUUUCUGUUACUGUUAUGGUAAAUCAUCUUCUUUUUAAGGCCUGUCUUCCGGCUUUAAAUGAAGCUCCACGGUUAAACUUUCCAUUCAGUUCCGCUUCUGUUUGAAACUGCCAGGUCACUUCAGGUCGCAUCGGGGUGAGAAGCCUGGGUCAAAGUACGAGCAGUCAAAACACUUUUUCUUAUGAACCAUGGGUCAUUAUAGAGAGACUGAGUCCGAGCCUCGGGUGUACGGCUACACCAGGACAGCAUCCGCAGUGCUGGCCCACCUGAUCUGCGGGGUCUUUACAGUGUUCAUCGCGGUCCUUUCUCGGCCGGGUACAAGUUGGUUUUCCUGGCAUCCUUUCUGCAUGACAAUGGCUUUCUCCUUCUUCAUGACAGAGGCCAUACUCCUCUUCUCUCCCCAUGGUUCACCCAUCAAAAAGUUUUCACACAAGACCAAAGGUCGUGUUCACUGGAUGCUGCAGUGUCUCUGUGUGUGCUGUGCGGUGCUGGGCCUGGCAGCCAUCUCCUACAACAAACACCUGAACGGUAAACCUCACUUCAACUCAUGGCAUGGUUUGCUGGGCCUGGUCACAGUGUGCGCCGUGGUCUUGCAGUCUUUGGCAGCUGUGCCCCUCAUUUACCACUCUCUAGCCAAAGGCUGGUCCCUGGCCAAACUCAAACGCUACCAUGCAGCGUCAGGACUCGUCACCUUCGUGCUUGGCAGCGCCAGCCUGCUUCUCGGCCUCUGCUCAGCCUGGUUCACUGCGUCUGUCAGUGAAUACAUCUGGUACAUGUCAGCACUCUGCCCUGUUCUCGGCGCCCUUGUCAUAAUGAACCAAGUCAGCACUUCUUACAUGGCUAAAAAACGCUUACAGUCCUGACGAAGGAUACAAUAUGUACAGUUCAACAAAACCAUAACCGAGUACUUUUGUGAGGUCCGCCUAGAGCAAUUUCGUUUUCCUUGUUACAUGCUGUCAUUGCAUGAAAGUCCAAAAGAAGAUGAUCUCUGCAACCUCUCUAAAGAUCUGUCAUUCCAAGGAACACCGCUGCCAAAUGUGGAUCAUGAGAUAUUUGUCUUUUUUUACACAAUGUACACAUCG